GAAAUAUCCAAUAACAACUGCCCAUCUGAAAAAAGCAGACGAUUUAUUUAACAAGUAUGAUAAAGAUAAGAAUGGGUACCUUGAAAUGAACGAGCUGAAGGAAAUGUUUGAAGACAUUGACAAGAGGCUUACAUCUUUACCUGCAACAGCUCAGGUAGCCCAUCAACAGGGCAAAUAUCUUGGCAAAAAAUUUAAUCAACUGGCGUUGGCAGAAAAGACAAACAUCAUUCCAUCACAUCUUAAAGAAGACACGCUCUCUACCAACCCGGAGGAUCAGCUGGCCCCCUUUGCGUAUGCUCACUUGGGUUCACUUGCAUACAUAGGAAAUGCAGCUGUGGCCGACUUUGGGAUGGGGUGGACAUGGAUGGGCGGCCUAAGUGCAGUUUAUUUAUGGCGUAGUGUAUAUUUCAGUGAGCAAGUUUCCUUAAGAACGAGGGCUUUGUUGGCUUUGGAUUGGACCAAG